AUGGCAUUGGUGAACGCCACGUCAAAUGUAUUGUUCAUGCCGUAUAUGGCUGCAUUUCACGCUUCUUACCUGACGGCAUACUUUGUUGGCGUCGGUUUAAGCGCCUUGUUCCCGAGUGUAGUCUCGAUUAUUCAGGGUAGUGGCAGUGAUUGUAUCGUUGUGAAUGGAACAUCUGUGCGUACAGCGAGUGCUCUUCGUUUUGGAGUUACUGAAUACUACUUAAUCAUAUUUGCCUGGAUGGUUGUCGCCACAGUGGCUUUCGCAAUGUUGGCACGAUCGAAGACAACUGUCGAGAAGAAAUCUUCUACGCCCGCAGCUUUACCAGCAAAUACGCCAACUGAUGAAUCAAGUCCGCUCAGUGUUAGUGAAUCGGAUCGAUACGCUGAAAUGGGUACUAGCAGAGACACAUCAGUUGCUGAUAAGUUGCACUGCGGAUUAUUACUGUUUCUCAUGGCUGUUGUUAAUGCUCAAAUGAAUGGAAUUAUUCCAAGCGUGCAGAGUUAUGCGUCAUUACCUUACUCUCAGACAACGUAUCAUUUUGGUCUGACAUUGUCGAAUGUAUUCUCGCCACUUGUCUGCUUCCUGCCUCUCAUUGUCAAGACCUGUCGGAUAUCCGUGUUAGCACUGCUUGCCAUGGCGUCGUCUGCGUUGACUGGUGUUAUUGUCGUGUCAGUAACGGUUGCUGCUUCAGCGCUGAAUUCAUUUCUUCGAACGGUCCUAGCAACUGUACUUAGCGAAAACACAGCUGAUAGUGAAAAGCGACUUUUUUGGGGUGGUGUGUUCAUACAGAUCGGGUCCUUUCUCGGCUCUUGCAUAAUGUUUCCUUUGGUAAAUAUCUUCCACCUAUUUGUUUCGGCCCCGUCAUGUCCACAGUAA